AUGGCUAAGGAAGUCACUAUGUGCACGCAACUCCAACAAUGGAGCCCCGUAAAAGAAUCGGCGGGUGCCCCGAGUAUCCCUCCACAGGUGGGCUACUGCUUCCACUCGCCAAAGAAGCACCCGUGGAGGCCUAUAAUGGGAUACGAGGAGAUUGAAGUGACGCCAAUGCCGUCAUUACCCAUCACAAACACGAUGGUAGAUCCUUGUUACACACCUUCUGGUAUGGCAGCGGAGCCUCUUCGCUUCCCUAACUUGGUGACUGGAUUUGACCGGAGCCCUGAACACGCGGCCAGGGCUGCCCUAUACACAAGAUACACGCAGUACGAGUGGAACCAGAACAGUAUUAAGAACUACAACGAAUCUGAUGCCAAAAGGAACUUCUCUGAACGCGUCAGAAAUGACAUUAUGAGGAUGCUUAGAGAAACUGACGAGAUUGGUACACAAGGUCAGAGAGAUUCUGGCAGGAGGAUUGGUGAGCGGAUUACUGAUACCACCUUUUGGAGGAAUGAGGUAUCAAUAGAAAUGGAACGAUUGGUAGCCACUUGUGAGAAAUUGAACGACACACGACGACAACUGGAGAGGGCUAUUGCAGGUAUCGAGGGCCCUUUGCACAUCGUGCAGGAAUGCCUCUACCAUCGGGAGAAGAGACAGGGUUUGGAACAGGUUCACGACGCAGUGGAACAGUCUCUUUUAAAAGAGGUCGCCAUACUGCGGGAGUGUCAGGACAAAUUUCGGAGUAUGCUUGAAAAGGUGAGGGCGCAGUCGAAGAACUGUCGCGCGACUCAACACGAGCUGGAGACAGACAUGCGCAACAAGGAGUACGCGCUCGGCAUUGACUCCAUGUGCCAUCAACUCAACAACUUCUCCAAGGGCUUGCAGUUCUACGCCGGCAUCGAGCGCUACGACCCGACGGUGUGCGACACGGCCAAGUGGGCAGCCGCCAGCGCCGCCACGCUGCAGCGCUCGCAGUCCGAGAGGGCCAAGGCCACGCAGAUGCUCUCUGAUACGGAGAAUCUGAUCAACGUGUCCGCCACUGAGAUCUGGGAUCAGUGGAGCAACACGAAUAGUGCGUUCACAAGACGUAUCGCAGAAACCAUCGAAAUCAAGAACAAAUUGCAACUGCAUCUACACAAGAUCCAGCAGGAAAUCUUCGACAUCGAGAAGACUUUGGAAAUGCUGAACAAGGCGAUUGAAGAUAAGCUUCAGCCGAUGAAAGUAGCCCACACUCGUCUGCAAGCCAGGACCAACAGACCACAUCUAGAGAAGUGUCGCGACGAAGCUCAGAUCAGGCUGGUCAAAGAAGUGUGCGAUCUUCAAGAAACGAUGGAGAGUCUUCGGUCCAAAAUCGCCACAGCGGAAGGAACUCACCAGACCCUAUUAGGAGUCCGCGCUGGACUGGAAGGGGAACUGAGGUCCAAAGCUACGACACUGUUUAUUGACAGAGACCAAUGCAUGGGGCUCCGCCGCGGGUACCCCGUGACUGCCGCCAUCAAGGUCUAA